AUGGACUACGUCCUCGACAACCCCGAAGGUCCUCGUCCAGAGUUUGACUCAUCGGAAUCCCUGAGGGGAUACCGGGUCAUCAAAUGCGCGGACCAGUUCUCCUUGGACCUCCUCGCUGGGUGUGUAGCAAAGAUUAGCGACGCAUUCGAGGGCUUGAAGCUGAAGCUCAUACCAGCCAAGGACAUCCCUAGGAGGCCCCGUGCGCGCAUUUGGUUACCUCCGAUAGCCGAACCUGGCGAAAAGUUGCUGCGGUGUGUAAAGCUGCAUAAUAAAAACAUACCAGCAAUAGACGAGUGGGAACUCAUCAAAGUUGAAGAGCUGAGAAAGCCCACAAACAAGCCAAUUCUCCUAGCGAUUUGCUCCGAAUCCUUGGAGGCCCUAGCAGAGGCCGACUAUAAGAUUCGGUUCGGCAUUAGGAAAGCUAAGGUAAGAGUAUUCCUUGGUGAAGUCAGCCCAGUAGAAGAGGACCCGGGCGUCGCCGGUGCAGGCGAACUCCUUAUGGGAGUGAAACUGAGCGAUGAACCGGACCAGUAA